AUGGAUCGCCUGAAAGUGAAACGUGCCAGCCGUCGUACACAAACAACGAAGCUCAUCAACGACGCCACGGCUGCGCUGAACGAUGGAUCUACCAGAUUGGAUGUGAUCAACAGCCUACUGGAACGACUCACAGUAAGUCACAGUGACUUGACUACUCUCAACAAAGAGAUAGAACCGCAUGUGCGAGAGGAGGAACUCGAAAGCGAGUACGUCACUGUGAUGGACUAUGAAGACAGAGCGACGGAAACGAUUGCCAACCUGCGUUGGAGACUGUCGCAAUCUCAGACGUCGCCGUCUCCAUCGCAGCUUUCUAACGUACAGACAGACGUAUCAAGAACGCCGCAUGCCCCACGUCCUGGAGUGAAACUUCCUAAGCUUAGCCUACAGCAAUUUCGUGGGGACCUCUCUGAUUGGCAAGGGUUCUGGGAACAGUUCAGAACAACGGUUCACGACAACGAGGGGCUAAGCAAGAUCGAAAAGUUCCACUAUCUCCGUUCGCUAUUGCAUGGUCCAGCAGCUGGAGCUAUCGCCGGCUUGCAGACAUCGGAGGCAUCAUACGACGACGCGGUGGAAAUCCUUUCACAGCGUUUUGGUGACCGCGGGCGGAUAGAAAAACAAUAUCUCUCUAAGCUCCGCAACCUAUCGGCCGUUACAUCAGCAGAUGACAUAUAUGGACUGCGUAAGCUAUACGACAACGUACAGAUGAACGUCCGUGGUCUCCGAUCCCUGGGAGUUUCCAGCGCGAACUAUUCUGCUAUGCUGUCUGAAAUCCUAUUGUCGUCACUCCCAACGGACAUUGUGGUGGAAUACCAUCGCUCUACAAAUCGUAAACAGCAGGACGAGGACAGCUCCGAAUCGAACUCAACGCACGGCGCUUCGGACGCAUCGACGGACGCCACAUCCGAGGCCACGAGAGAACUAAACAAUAUACUUCGUUUCUUUCGGAUCGAGGUAGAAAGUCGAGAACGCAGCGGAUUGGCUCCUGAUAGAAAGAAACCUUCCAUAGCGCCCAAGAAACGACAGGGCUUCAACCACCGCAGUACGCCUUCGGCCGCGGUACUCCACAGCGCCUCAGUUCCUAAGUGCGGCUGCCUCUUUUGUUCGGAUACUGCGCACACAACGGACAACUGUGCUGGACCACUUCCAUUGGAUCGGCGGAAGAAGAGGUUGGCUGAUGAUCGACGCUGUUUCCGGUGUACCAAGCGAGGUCACAAUGCCAAAGAAUGCCGAGGAAAAAUGCAUUGUCCGAAAUGCGGUGGGAGGCAUGCCGUGGCGAUGUGCGACCCGUCCUGGACGCCUCCGAAGAAAAACGCUGACGGUGCAACAGCUACUAUGCUGGCAGCUGAAGACACCCCUGCGGAGAGUAACACUGUGCUGCUGCAAACUUUCCGCAGUUGGGUCAUGGGCGACCAUAAAUGCACGUACAUACGGGGCGUAAUUGAUGGAGGCAGUCAGCAGACCUUUAUCCGAAAAGAUGUGGCCGACAAACUUCGCCUCAAUGUGCUAGGCAACAUCGCGGUGAGCCUUAACACUUUUGGCAGUACUACCGCCACCCAACAACGACAACGAUGCAAUGUAGUGGAAGUCCGGUUGCGGAGUCAGUUCGCACCAACGGAAUUUACUGUGCAAGCUGUCACCGUACCCUUCAUCUGUCGUGACAUUUGCAAAACUGCAGUGGAAGACGAACUCGCUCGGGCCAUACGUGCGGAUGGUGGCUACAUAGCUGACGAACUGCUGUUCCCCGACAUACCCGCUGAGUCCGGUGUUUCUCUACUGUUGGGCUGCGAUCAACUCUGGAAUCUCACUACCGGAAAAAUUAAACGCAGCACAUUCACCGGAGGACUGGUUGCCAUCGAGACAAGGCUGGGCUGGACUUUCCAGGGUCCCAUGUCUACAUAUAGCUGCACAUCAGACUCGAACGCUAUGAUUUGUGUGUUGAAGGCAGGAGUACACCUACAAGAGGAAAGAGCCACUUCGCUUCGCACCUUGCGGGAGCUGGAGGGCAGCGGUAUUGCUGACGAACCCGAAAGCAACCGUGAAAUCGACUACCGCGGAUGCGACGACUUCCGGGAAAAUGUCACAAUGCAAGAGGGGCGAUACGUAGUUGCACUGCCAUGGAAGUCCGCUGAAUGCCAUCUUCAUGACAACCGCAAGGUGGCCCAGAGCCGACUGGUGAGACUCGUACGGCGCUUGGAGAGGGAGAGAGCUCGCGAUGACUACGAUCUUCUUACCAACGCAUCUACACCUGAGGAGGUGAAAAGCAUCGUCGAUUCGACGAACAGGAUAAUGAGCGCAUCUGGAAUGGAACUUAGAAAAUGGGCAUCGAACUUGACCGAACUACAAAACUGCUUCGAUGACGAUUUUUUGGAGGUCUCAGAAACACAUCGGGCCAUGACAACAGAAGAGGUAACGAGAAUGCUGGGAAUUACCUGGGAUAGAACGGGAGACAUGCUCAGCACCCUUACCCCAUUGAAACAGACUUUGAAAGGAGAUAAACAAUUAUCUCCUUUCGGGGGGGAGGAUGUUGAGAAAACAAGUGCAGAUGGCCAAAAGGCCAUGCAUGUUGAGUGGACGCUCCCUUUCAAGGAACCCCACUGUGAGCUACGACGACGGUCGUCCUCGGCUGUAACCUGA